AUGUCGAGAAGCUGCGGUAUUUUAAUACCACAAUCGAGAUGCUGCAGUAAUACAUCUGAUUCACAUCUAUUAUGUGACCCAUCAAAUAUUUCUGUAUUGCCAGUCAGUCAUUUGCCAUCGAAUCAUUUUUUCAAUCCGUGUACAACAGCAAGAAACGCAACCACUGAUUUGUUGGGUGUUCUCCAUGCUGCAUUUCUCAAAGAUAGUAUUAAUUACAAUAAACAACAGUUAUUGAACAGUAAGCGACAUUAUUGGUUCAUCCUACAAUUCAUUUUUGAUUCUUUUCUAGCUACUUGCUCAUCUGUUACAAAUAACAUAAAUUCAGUUGGUUCUCAAGGUGACAAUGGUGUUAUGUUGGCAACACAAAUACCGAUCAUGUCUUAUAAUACUAAUCUCGGUAAUGCAUUACCAAAUAAGAAAUUAGAUGGAAAUGCUGAUUGCGUUGGAAUAUUCCUAAAUAACGCAGGCAACGACCUUUCUACCUUUCCACAAACGGCACCUUUUUUGAACCAAUAUUCAAACACUUUGUCAGAAGUUGACGUAGCAGGUGAACUGAAUUCGCUUACUCAAGAUUUAGUCCAGUUAGCAUGUCAGUAUCCGUUACCCAAAGCAGCGAAGGAGUACAGUCGUGAUUCACACACAUAUCAUCAUUCAUUGAAACUGCGGUCAGUGCAUAGCCAUCCUGGCAGCAACAAUUGCUCAUUAACAAAAACAAAGUUUCUAAUUGAUUAUCCUGUUAGUCGCCCAAAAAUGCCUUUGGUAGCUCCUGUACGGUUGUCACCUCGUAAUGAACCACUGACACUAUUUUUCACCGACAAAUAUGUCUUCAGUAAUCAUUACAUAUGUGAGAAUUUGUGCAUUGAUGGGAUGAAAUUCAUAUGCACUGAACAGUACUAUAUGUAUUGGAAAGCUAAAUUGUUUGAUGACGAAGCAACUGCAAUGGCAAUAAUGGCAACUCGUGAUCCAAAACAAAUGAAAAUGCUGGGUGCUAAAGUCAGAAAUUUCAGUCAGCCUAUUUGGGAUCGAUUUUCAACAUUAGUUAUGGCAAUUGCUAAUCAGAGAAAGUACGAACAAAACAAAGACUUGCGGCAAGCAUUGUUUUCCACCAUGUACACAGUAUUGGUCGAAUGCAAUCCACGUGAUAAUCGGUGGGGUAUUGGGUUAGCAAUGAACGAACCGGAUGCUUGGGAUCCUCAAAGGUGGAGAGGACUGAAUUUGCUUGGAAGGCUUCUUACGCGAAUUCGUGACCGGAUGGCUGAGAAUAUUCAUUAUAGAAGCGAGUUCAGGUUCUUGAGGCGCAAUCAACCAUACGCUAUAAGCCCUUUGUGGCUAGAAUUUCAUAAAUUGGAGUGUUUCUACGAACGAUUUCGAAAUUGUAUUGGUAAAUGUACAGCAGAAAUAGUGAUGUUUUUUUUCCUCGUAACCGUUUCUCUUGCCGAUGUCUUUGGUGGAGAACAACACUUUUGA